UGAGCCAUUAGUUACAGGGACGGAGUCGAGUGUCAGAGGGAGUGUCGCGGCGAGCGGUCGUGUCGGGAGCUUAACGAAAACACUAGCUAAGCAAAGACCUGCUUUAGUAAUCUACAUACUUAGCGGUGCUCGGCCGUGAUUGUAGUCGGGGCCGGGAGGUCACUGGCACCAGCGUCUAGGCGACGCACACCACCGUCUCCGCCGCCGAUCGUCGACAAUGUUCGUGUGUAAUUCAAAGCUACUUCUGUCGGUGGUGUGUUGCCUGACCGUGCACCUGAGGACAGUUCGAGCUGAAUUCAGCGAUCCUGUUGUCAUCAAUGCACUCAACACAGGACCUAUGAUUGAUCAGGCUGGUCGUAACAUAAGCGUGGUUGGCGACGAAUUUGUAUUGGAUGGCAAGCCGCUAAGAAUCAUAUCCGGUUCCCUCCACUACUUCCGGCUGCCGGCCGCCUACUGGAGGGAUCGAUUACGUAAACUUAAAGCUGCAGGACUUAACUCUGUGUCUACGUACGUUGAAUGGAGUUACCACGAGCCGGAGGAAGGACAGUACAUAUUCGAAGGGGACCGGGACGUCGCCCGCUUUGUGCAGAUCGCAGCCGAGGAAGGUUUGCACGUGUUGCUGCGGCCUGGACCUUACAUAUGCGCUGAGAGAGACUUAGGCGGAUUGCCAUACUGGUUGCUUGGAAAAUAUCCCAACAUAAGACUACGCACUGUUGAUAAAGAUUUUAUUCGUGAAACUGAAGUAUGGAUGGCGAAACUGUUUACUUAUUUGAAACCAUUAUUGCUUGGAAAUGGCGGACCAAUUAUAUUAGUUCAGGUAGAAAAUGAAUACGGUAGUUACGGACGAGACAAGAAAUAUAUGGGAGCGGUUCGUGAUAUAUUGUUAAAGCACGUAGGUGACAAAGCCCUACUGUACACGACUGACGGUACAGACCCAUCCAUGUUCCUCAGCGGCUCAAUUGACGGCGCCGUGCCUACUAUAGAUUUUGGUAGUUACUCAGACGUUGGAAGAGCAAAGCGAACAUUCCGCCGAUACUUCCCGCACGGGCCACUGAUGAACUCUGAAUAUUACUCCGGAUGGCUCACACAUUGGAAUGAAUCGCUGCAGCAGAUAUCGGGACGACAUUUAGUGGAAACGCUUCGCGUCUUAUUGGACAACCAAUUCAAUGUUAACUUCUACAUGUUCUUUGGUGGUUCUAACUUCGAAUUUACUUCUGGUGCCAAUUACGAUAGGUCUUAUUUACCUGACAUUACGUCGUACGACUAUGACGCCCCAUUAACCGAAGCUGGAGAUCCAACGGAGAAAUAUUAUCUCAUAAGAGAUACAUUAGCAACAUACUAUUCAGAAGUGAAGAGCAUACCACUGCCAGUGAUAUCUAAAAAAGCGGCAUACGGUGAGGUUAUUUUACAACCAAAAGGCAGCAUUUUAAGUAUAAACGGACGCAGUCAUUUAGGGAAGAAAUAUAAUGAAGUAAGGGGUUCUACUCUACCCACGUUCGAGUCUUUGAGACAAAGAGCUGGGUUGUUACUUUAUGAAACAAUAGUGAAUGAUACAAGCGGAGAAUUAAUUAUUACGAAGCCACGUGACACUGUAUACGUCUAUGUUGAUAAAGAAUUACAAGGAGUUAUUUAUAGAAAUUGCAAGCAAACCACCGUCAACUUGAAAAGUAAACCCGGAUCGACUCUGUCUUUACUGGUGGAAAAUCAAGGACGUAUCAAUUAUGGUAAUCGCCUUCAUGACUACAAAGGUAUUCUUAGUCCAGUCCAAUACAAUGGCAAAGUCCUCGACGGUAAAUGGUCCGUGACUGGUUAUCCCUUAAAUUUUGUAGGGCUACAUAGUUUUAAAACUGAUGAAAUAGAUCCUAAAGAAGGUCCCGUUGUUUUUGAAACAUUUUUCCACAUUCCGAGUCAUAUGAAAAUCUUGGACACUUACUUAGAUACCACCGGUUGGGGAAAGGGUUACGUGUGGAUAAAUGGUAACAAUCUGGGCCGCUAUUGGCCCGGCGUGGGACCUCAGGUGACCCUUUAUGUGCCGGGCGUGUGGCUCCGAACUGGAGACAACACCAUCUCAGUGCUAGAAUUAGAAGACGUGCCAAAGCAAACGACAAUGCAAUUCAUCGACACGCCCGUUCUAAAUAGAAGGGGAUAUAUGUGCAAAUUACCAUAGUUU